GACAACGAAAGGGAAGUCCGGAGAAUCAAAAUCGAGACCAAACGACUGAAGAGGAAGCACAGCGUUGGCAACGAUUUCAUCGACUCUUCGUCGGCCAGCGACUCAUCGCCCGAACCGUCAAACACUAGCAAUACAUACGGCGACACCACUGCCAUCACCGGCACAGACAUCACACCCACCACUUCCACAAACACUUCUUCAUACACCACUUCCAUCCAUACCUCCACCACCAAUACCUAUGACAACACAAUCUGUUUGGAUAUCGACACAUACCUACCGGACACAAGUGAUCCCACGGACGACAACUUACUUAUAGACAAUACAAUCAUCGACUUUUUGGACCUAACCCUCGAACCGGUAGUCCAUCGGCCGAUUGCUGACUACAACCACUCGUUCAAUGAGAACGAGUUCGGCCGACUCAACGAACUGAUGGCCGCCACCAGUCAUUUGCAGCGACACUUCAUACCCGUCGUGACCGACGAGUUGUCCCAUUUUCAGGACUGCAUCGACUGUAUGGUCAGCAAAAUAGAGAAAGACAUCCCGGCGUUGGUCCGCAUGUGUAAGAGUUUGCGGGCCUUUCAUACGGUGUGCGACGGCGACCAGAUCUCGCUGCUGAAGAUGGGAGGCUUGGAUGUGCUUCUCCUCCGGUCGAUAGUCUCGUACGACUCGCUCACCAAUAGUUGGAUUAUAUUUGAGAAUGACAGCAAAUCCACGAGAGUUAGCGUUGAUAUGUGGAGGAAUGCGGAAACGGAGGGUGUGUUUGAACGGCACAAGAGGUUUAUAUCAAACAUGUUCAGCCUAUGGGACGGCGAUCCUCUCGUACUUGAUUUGUUGUCGGCAAUAUUAAUGUUUAACCCGAAUCGACCGAAUCUCGCACAUAAAGAGACAAUAAAACUUCAACGACAAGUUUACACACAUUUAUUGCAACGCUAUUUACACGUGAAAUACGGGUCGGAAGACGAGGCGAAGACACGGCUUAUGCAAUAUUUAAGUAAUUUUGAUGAUAUAUUUGCGUUGAGCCGAUCGCACGCCAAUUCCUUUAUGGUUAGACAGGACUUCUCUGUCAAUCCAUUUCCUCUGCCACUACUCAAAGAGAUUUGCGAAACAAAACCUUCCCAUCAGUUGACUGUUUUAUAAGGAGAGAGAGAGAGAGAGAGAGAGAGAGAGUACCCUAAUUGUUUUAGACCAUACGUGUAUAAUAAUUGUUG